AUCUGUGGCGGCCGCUGAGCGGUGGCCGCGGUGGCAGCGGAGGAGAGCCCCAUGGUGCGAGUGUGCGGGCCGAGGAGGCUGAACGAGGCUGCGCCGCCAUGGGCUCCCUCUUCCGUAGCGAGAGCAUGUGCCUGGCGCAGCUCUUCCUGCAGUCGGGCACGGCCUACGAGUGUCUGAGCGCGCUUGGCGAGAAGGGCCUGGUGCAGUUCCGAGACCUCAACCAAAAUGUAAGUUCUUUCCAAAGAAAAUUCGUUGGUGAGGUAAAGAGGUGUGAAGAACUAGAACGAAUAUUGGUGUACCUGGUGCAGGAAAUCACCAGAGCUGAUAUUCCCCUGCCUGAGGGAGAGGCCAGUCCUCCCGCACCACCUGUUAAACAUGUUCUAGAAAUGCAGGAGCAGCUGCAGAAGCUCGAGGUGGAGCUCAGAGAAGUCACCAAGAACAAGGAGAAGCUGAGGAAGAACCUGCUGGAGCUGGUGGAGUAUACCCACAUGCUGAGGGUCACCAAGACCUUCCUUAAACGGAACGUGGAGUUUGAGCCAACUUACGAAGAGUUCCCCGCCUUAGAGAGCGACUCUCUGUUGGACUACAGCUGCAUGCAGCGGCUGGGCGCCAAGCUGGGAUUCGUUUCUGGCCUGAUUCAGCAAGGCAAAGUGGAAGCAUUUGAAAGAAUGCUGUGGCGGGCCUGCAAAGGGUACACCAUUGUGACCUAUGCAGAGCUGGACGAGGCCCUGGAAGACCCUGAGACGGGUGAAGUCAUAAAGUGGUAUGUGUUCCUGAUCUCGUUUUGGGGAGAGCAGAUUGGCCACAAGGUUAAGAAGAUCUGUGACUGUUACCACUGCCACAUCUACCCGUAUCCAAACACGGCCGAGGAGCGCAGGGAGAUCCAGGAGGGGCUCAAUACUCGGAUCCAAGACCUUUACACUGUGCUGCACAAAACGGAGGACUACCUGCGGCAAGUGCUGUGCAAGGCUGCCGAGUCCGUGUGCAGCCGUGUGAUACAGGUGCGGAAGAUGAAAGCCAUCUACCACAUGCUCAACAUGUGCAGCUUUGACGUCACCAACAAGUGCCUCAUAGCUGAGGUCUGGUGCCCCGAGGUGGACCUGCCCGGCUUGCGCAGAGCGCUGGAGGAAGGCUCGAGAGAAAGUGGAGCUACAAUCCCCUCGUUCAUGAACACAAUCCCUACGAAAGAAACGCCGCCCACUCUGAUCCGCACCAACAAAUUCACUGAAGGUUUCCAGAACAUCGUGGAUGCCUACGGUGUUGGGAGCUACAGAGAAGUGAACCCAGCUUUGUUCACCAUCAUCACCUUCCCGUUCCUGUUUGGCGUGAUGUUUGGUGACUUGGGGCACGGCUUUGUCAUGUUCCUGUUUGCCCUCUUACUGGUGUUGAAUGAGAAUCACCCCAGACUAAGCCAGUCACAGGAGAUCCUUAGGAUGUUCUUUGAUGGCCGAUAUAUCCUGCUGCUGAUGGGGCUGUUCUCCGUGUACACCGGCCUCAUCUACAACGACUGCUUCUCCAAGUCCCUGAACCUCUUUGGCUCUGGGUGGAACGUGUCUGCCAUGUACAGUUCCAGCCACUCCCCAGAGGAGCAAAGGAAAAUGGUGCUUUGGAAUGACAGCACCAUCAGGCACAGCAGGACGCUGCAGCUGGACCCAAACAUCCCUGGAGUUUUCCGAGGCCCCUACCCUUUCGGCAUCGAUCCUAUUUGGAACCUGGCCACAAAUCGCCUCACGUUCCUCAACUCCUUCAAGAUGAAGAUGUCUGUGAUUUUAGGAAUUUUUCACAUGACCUUUGGUGUCAUUCUGGGAAUAUUUAACCACUUGCACUUCAGGAAGAAGUUCAACAUCUACCUGGUCUCGGUCCCCGAGAUCCUGUUUAUGCUCUGCAUCUUUGGGUACCUGAUUUUCAUGAUCAUCUACAAGUGGCUGGCGUACUCGGCAGAGACCUCCAGAGAGGCCCCCAGCAUCCUCAUCGAGUUCAUUAACAUGUUCCUGUUCCCGUCCAGUGAGACACACGGCCUCUACCCGGGGCAGGCACACGUCCAGAAGGUGUUGUUGGCUCUCACCGUGCUGGCUGUCCCUGUGCUCUUCUUGGGAAAGCCGCUCUUUCUGCUGUGGCUGCACAAUGGGCGCAGUUGCUUCGGCGUGAGCCGGAGCGGCUACACGCUCGUGAGGAAGGACAGCGAGGAAGAGGUGUCUCUCCUAGGCAGCCAGGACAUAGAGGAGGGGAACAACCGCAUGGAAGAGGGCUGCCGAGAAAUGACCUGUGAGGAGUUUAACUUCGGGGAGAUCCUGAUGACUCAGGCCAUCCACUCCAUCGAGUACUGCCUUGGCUGCAUCUCCAACACUGCGUCCUACCUGAGGCUUUGGGCUCUCAGCCUGGCACACGCACAGCUCUCGGAUGUGCUGUGGGCCAUGCUGAUGCGUGUAGGCCUGCGUGUGGACAACACUUACGGGGUCCUGCUGCUGCUGCCCGUCAUGACUUUCUUUGCAGUUCUGACCGUUUUUAUCCUUCUGGUCAUGGAAGGGCUUUCUGCAUUUCUCCACGCCAUCCGGCUUCACUGGGUAGAAUUUCAGAACAAAUUCUACGUUGGUGCAGGUACCAAAUUCGUUCCUUUCUCCUUCAGUCUGCUGUCCUCCAAGUUCAGUAAAGAUGACAGCAUAGCAUGACCUCAUGCCGCAGCCAGCCCGCUCUGACUGACGGAGAACGAUCAUGUCAUAGAACUCACUCAAGUCAGAACUCACGGUGGGGACGCUCUACCCUCCUUGAUUGCCUUACGAUUCAGCCAAAUGGUUCUGGAAGAGACACCUCUCCCUCAUGUUGAAGAUUUUGUAAAACCCAGCACUCCGGACACAGAAAUUUCAUUGGUUUUUAUUAUGAGCAAAUAUAAGUGAAUGCCAACGCUACUUCAGAGUUAUUUUUUAAAAUGUAAGAUUGGAGGAGAGAAGCCAUCUGAACAGCUAGCCAAAAAUGGUCUAAGAUACUUCAUUCCUUUUCAACUUUAAAAAAAAAAAAAAACCAUGAAGUUACUCCAUCGCAAGAUGUCAGAUGAUAUUUUCCAACAGCUCGAGUUAAGCAUAGUUUUUUCCAGACCUUACUGCUGGGUCAUCGGCAGUUCCUGCUCGAGAUGUGUGCGAGCCCUCCCUGACUGCCCUCCGAACUACCGGAAGGGCAGUGUGACAGUCUGCUCUUCUGUUGACAAUUGGAGGCGAUGGGACAAAGUGACACAACAAUGGCUCUCCUGCUUUUUAAAGAUGCUUGUCCUCUACCCUUGUGUAAGAGCAGUCAUGACAGCCGCACAUUCUGAAAGAUGACCAACCGUCCUGAGCCUUAAAACCCAGGGGAGACAGGUGAAGAGCCGUGUGUAUUUUUAUAGCAAAGAGCAAAUGAAGAUAUUUUACCACAGAGACCGUGCUUCUACUUGAGCAGAAUUAUUUUUUACUUUCGCACUAAUUCUGAAUAAAGGUCCGAUGGCCACAGUUUAAUUUCCAAAGCGGUUGAGGUUAGCUGGAAACUGACUGUCACUAAUCUGUUAGUUUAUUAUCUCGGUGUAACGUCACCUGUCCCUGUGCUGCUCCGUGUUCAGUGAGGUUGGCUCAGUCCCUGGAACGCUGACCCAUGUCAUAGUCUUAGAAAUUAUGUUCACUUUCACAUCUUAUGUUACGUGAUUUUAGCUAAGUCUGUCAGAAAGAAAUCAGAGGCUGGGGUGUGGCCUGAUUGUCAGAUCUCCAGAAGCACUUCACCCGGGGGUGCUGGCACUCAGCCGGUCUUCCAAGCACUUAGAAGCAGGAGGAUCAGGAAGUUCAGGGUUACCCUUGGCUAUGUGAUAGGUUUGAGGCCAGCCUGGGCUAAGUGACACCCUGAAGAACGAACGGAGUCUAAGUCAUCUCUGCCAUUUUAAACUGCUGAGCUCCAUUCGACUGCAGGCCCCUCCAGCUCCGUGUGGUAGAGUGGGUCCCUUUCACUAAAAGCCAAGCCUCUGGCAGCCAGAAUUUAACCGCAUCCUGGGUCCUUUACGACCUCUCGGCCGAGAGGCAGGGGCUGCCUGUGCCGCAGCCGGAGGCUAAAGUCAGAUCUCCCCAGCUGCUGUGGAGUCCGAGCCCACGGCAGUGAGGCUCCACCUCUGUGUCCCAUGUCCCAGCUUCCCGCAGCUGUGAUGAGCUGGUGCUGCCCAGAGUGAGACCUGCCCUUACCUGAACCAGGUGUCACCCCCAUGUCACUCUUGUGACUGUGUCCCCAGGGUCUUUGGUCACCUCAGAGAUAACUGAAUCCAGGGACAAGAACCAAACAGGAGAUGCAGUUUCUGCCAUAUUUGCUGUCCCUGUUGUCUUUUUUUUUUUUUUUUCCGGAGCUGAGGACCGAACCCAGGGCCUUGCGCCUGCUAGGCAAGCGCUCUACCACUGAGCUAAAUCCCCAACCCCCUAGGGCCUCUUUUCUAACUGGCAUCACUUACUGGGUACAGAACUCAGAGCAAGAACGACUUCUCAGCUGAAGCCUGUUGCAGUUAUAGAGAAUGUCCUCGCAUAAAGUCACUCCUUUUGUGAACCCUCUUUCAAUAUAAUGGGGAGCAUUCUCACAGGGGAAGCAAGAAGCUGUCUGGAGGUGUCACAUGUUCAUCUCCCUAGAACAAUGUCAACGGAACCACGUCACAUAGACUUAAGCUGGUGGGAAGGCCCAAUACAGCCAGGAGAGGCAUGCAAAGGGCUUUGAGCUCCUGCACUCUCCCUCCUUCAUAGGACCUGGGACAGACUCCUUUCCCCCCACAUCCUCCCCUGGCCUUGGUUCUGGAGUGGGUCUGUACUCUAUGCUUGGAGACAUUUAAUGCCACCCGUGCAGGCAUUGGCAUAGUUCUCAGAUGGAUGGCACCACAGGUCUGCAAUGCUGGCCAUGGGUAUAAAGGCCAUUCGGACCCAGUGCUGUAUCUGCAGGAGUGUACUCAGGCACAGACUAUCCAUUGGUAACUUACAGGGCUGGCACGUCAAGCCGUGACUAAAAUCAAACCCAGCUCCAGGGCCACAUUUCUCUAUGGAGGGUGUAAGUCUGGAUUUGCUCACCUGCCACACUAUCCAGGCAGGCUUCAGAACUCUCCUGAUGCUGGGAGGAGGCAGUUUGCAGUAAAUGCUUGCUCUAACACAUCAAGAAGUCCUCAGACAAUACAACUCCACAGGAUCGAGGCUGAGUUCCGGAGCGGAAACUACGGGAGCCGGCCAGGACUGCAUUGUACUGAUACAUGCAUGGAAGGACUAAUCUGCCUGUCAGUAUUGAACUUCCUUUUGCUAGUGACAAAAUAAAUGUAUAUUUUUGAGAUGCCA